AUGGCUGUAAAUCCUUAUGCAUCCACCUUACUCCCAUCUUCUUUUUCAUCCAAACCCCAUACUCAUACUCCUCGGUUACUCGCCAUUAAAGCCACCAAACCUUCAAGAAAAGCUACUAUCAGUUGCGCAGCUCUACAGUCUUCACCUUUGCUUCAUUUCCCAAACUCCAUUAACACGGAGCAAUCAGCUUUACACCAGCCGCAUCAAUGGAACUUUUUACAGCGACUUGCUGCUACCGCAUUGGACAUGUUUGAAAACGCGUUGGUUUCACGCGAAACCCAAAGUCCUCUUCCGAAAACUUCCGACCCACGUGUGCAAAUCGCCGGGAACUUCGCUCCGGUGCCGGAACAAGGGGUGAAGCAUAAUUUACCUGUAAGUGGAUCCAUACCGGAUUGUAUUAACGGUGUGUAUGUUCGCAAUGGGGCUAACCCGCUUUUUGAGCCGGUCGCCGGGCAUCAUCUUUUUGACGGUGACGGGAUGGUUCAUGCCGUUAGCAUCGAUGGGAAGUCGGUGAGUUAUUCGUGUAAGUUAACGGAGACACACCGGCUUGUUCAGGAGAGGGAGUUGGGUCGACCUGUUUUUCCGAAAGCAAUAGGUGAACUCCAUGGACAUUCGGGUGUUGCUCGGCUUGCUCUAUUUUAUACCCGAUCUUUGUUGGGUUUGGUAGAUCAAAGCAAAGGCAUGGGGGUUGCAAACGCCGGAUUGAUUUACUUCAACCACCGGCUUCUUGCCAUGUCGGAAGAUGAUAUGCCUUAUCAGAUAAAGAUCACGCCGUCAUCGGAUAUUGAGACGGUCGGACGGUAUGAUUUCUCGGAGCAACUUAUGUCCACCAUGAUAGCACACCCGAAGCUAGACCCUGUUACCGGCGAGAUGUUUGCUCUUAGCUACGACGUUGUCCAGAAGCCGUAUCUCAAGUACUUUAAGUUUUCGAAAGAUGGAGAGAAGUCGCCGGACGUCGAAAUACCAUUGGAGGUUCCGACCAUGAUGCAUGAUUUCGCAAUCACCGAGAACUUUGUGGUGGUUCCUGACCAACAAGUCGUGUUCAAACUUGAAGAAAUGAUAAAAGGCGGAUCACCAGUGAUUUACGACAAAAACAAAAUGUCUCGUUUUGGGAUUUUAUCCAAAAACGCAGAAACAUCCGACGACAUGAUAUGGGUCGACUCGCCGGAAACUUUUUGCUUUCACUUAUGGAACGCAUGGGAAGAACCCGAAUCGAACGAGGUUGUCGUGAUCGGGUCAUGCAUGACUCCACCCGACUCCAUUUUCAACGAAUGUGACGAGAAUCUAAACAGCGUCUUGUCUGAAAUCAGGAUCAACUUGAAGACUCGGAAGUCAACCAAACGUCCGAUCCUCAAAGGAUCCGAACAUGUCAACCUGGAGGCAGGCAUGGUGAACCGUGACAAGCUUGGCCGAAAAACCCAGUUUGCAUAUCUUGCCAUUGCCGAACCAUGGCCUAAAGUUUCAGGCUUUGCGAAAGUUGACUUGGUGACCGGAGAAGUCAAGAAAUUCUUUUACGGCGACGAGAGGUUCGGCGGUGAACCUUUUUUCCUCCCGAGUGGUCUAAACUCAGAGAGAGAGGAUGAUGGGUAUGUUUUGGCAUUCGUUCAUGACGAGAAGACAUGGAAAUCAGAGCUGCAAAUCAUAAACGCCAUGACCAUGGAGAUGGAAGCUUCAGUUAAACUCCCUUCAAGAGUACCAUAUGGAUUCCAUGGCACUUUCAUAAGCUCAAAGGAUUUGGCAGAACAAGCACAGUAAAGAUCGAUAUAUACACAUACAUAUACAUAUAUAUAUACACACAAGAACACAAAUACACAUACUCGAUGUGUAUAGGUGUGUGUGAAGUAGUUAAAAAGGUUAGAUACAGAGAGAUAUGCCAGAGGGAUGGUGGGUAUAGAAAGACACAUCCCCGGAAUCUCCUCAACCUUGAAGAAUGAAUCGAUCAUUCUUAGAUUUUUGAUCUUGUUUUCAUAUAUUUGGUAUGGUUUGUGGAGGAACCAAGCAUGUAGCUUUUGGACUGAAGCUCAGCUGGUUUCUGCUGUUAUCAGGUUCCAAUUAUUGAAGAAAAAUUACUGUGCUUUUCA